AAGAUUGCACAACGGUUUAAAAUAUCGAGCAACGUGGAGGAGAACAGACGCUAAAAUAGUAUGUUUGACAUAAUGCUAGACAAAGGCCUCCUGUACCCAAUAGAAAACAUGGCGAAAACGGAUUACUAUUCGAAUUCUUCCCAGGAUAGUCUAAUGGACGCCGCUCUCGUUGCCUUGGAUACAGGAGAGAUGACACCACUGGUCAAGGAAGAGCUUAAACUGACCAUACAGUCGCGCCGUCUAGCGGCCGGUAUGGGGGAAUUAACAGUCAAUUUCGAACCUCCAACACAAUCAGAGCUAACAGAGGAGGAAAAAGAAAAGGUAGACCGGAGACGUGAACAAAACAGACUGGCGGCACAGCGGUUCCGGCUAAAGCAGAAAACGACCGGAGAACGAAUCCAGAAGAAGGUACGAGGUUUGGAGUCGGACAAUACACGCCUGAGGGCGGAAUUGAGGAUUCUACAGACGGAGAGAGACGAACUCAGAAAGAGGCUAGAGGACCACAUGAAGAUCUGCCCCGGGAAUGUCCUGUAUGUGCUCAAUAGGUGACGAAUCAACGUUGUCCAUCAUCAUUUUCAUACC